AUAAAAUCAUUGUACGACAUGUGUGUGUGAGCAAACAAAAGUGUAUAAUACAAUAGUUGAUAAUAGUAUACUUGAUAACAUAGUAUAUUUGCAUAGUUUUUAAAAAAUUUAUAUGUAUAUAUUUGUUACGUGUAUCUAAAAAUAUUAUUUUUGACAAGUAUCAAAAUAGUAUCGAGUAUUAAGAUGGUUUUUUAAAUAAAUAUCAAAUUAAUUUAAUUAAUUUUAAACAUAAUAAUAAAUUAAUUUUAAACAUCGAUUUUUUACGAUAUUUAAUAAUACGUGCUAUAAUGAAUACAGAAGAAAUUAUUGAUUUUGCGAAACUAGAACCAGAUAUUCAAUCUUUGAUAAAGAAGACUGUAGCAGUUCGUGAGUACUCUUAUUCACCCUAUAGUAAGUUUAAAGUUGGAGCUGCAAUACUUUGUGAUGAUGGAUCCAUUUUCACAGGAUGUAACGUAGAAAAUGCAUCUUAUCCUGUAGGAACUUGUGCUGAAAGAACAGCAAUUGUUAAAGCAGUGUCAGAAGGAAAAAGAAAAUUCAAAGUUUUAACAGUAGUAGCUGAUAAAAAAAAUAAUAUUUUUACUACACCAUGUGGAUUUUGUAGACAAGCUAUUGCAGAAUUUGGUGACAUACCAAUUUAUUUAACAGGACCUGAUAUGAAAAAUGUGUUAAAAACGACAUUAAGCAAUUUGUUACCUCAUGCGUUUGGAAUUGGAAAUGCAAAAUUAUUACAAUAAAUUUUUAAUGAAAAAGAUUAAGUCAUAUAUAUUAAUAUUUCUUAAUAUCUCUUUAAGUUCACUUGUUUUAUAUAUUAAUUAUUUUAUCAAGACAUAUUGUCUUUUAAUGAAAAUAUAUAAUUAUUAUUGUUUU